GCGUCAAGAGCAGAAUCAGGCAAACUUUUAACAAAAUAUUUUUGCUUACUUCGGUCUGGGAGUGUUCGCCACCUCAGCGUAGCGAACUGUAGCCCGCUGGCAUGAUUUUAGGGAUCGGUACCCUCUUGGCUCUCUCUCCUAGAGAUGAUGUCCCAAGGAUCCCAGUGACCGCUCUUUCCAGGUCCCAGCCCUGACUUUCGGGGUCGCCGGUACCGGGGCCCGGGGGUGCAGGGAGCGUCGACCCACCGCGGUUUGAGAGGGCUCGUAGGACCGGUUUUCAGCUCUUAGUGCCACCACUCAGAGAGGUUAGGGAACUCUGCGAGAGAUUACUCAGUCUUCACAGUCUCUGGAAGGCUCGUGUUCACUGUGUUGGCCUCUGGGCUUUUCCCUGGUCCCGUUUUUCGACCGCACGUUCUUUGGCGGUACAGUAUAGUUAGGCCACAUAGAAGGUUUUAGCAUUGGGACAUUGGCCCUCGCAGAGAUGCUGCCAAUCAUUACUUACAGGAACACUUUUUAAAAGUGUAGCUUUGGCUUGUUGCACAGCACGGGGAUUGUUUUACCUUUCUCACUGUUCCUGUUCCAAAUUAAGCUGCCUUCAGUUUGGAGAUGUUUCUGCCCAGCUGCCUAGACGCAUCACCCUGUGGGACUCAGCGUGUGGUGAAUUUUGCCUGAACUGAGCGGACAGUGGUUCUUACUGUCCUUUGUCCCUUUAGCAGUGAGGCCUAAGUGCUUGCUGGGGUCUUGACUGUGCGAUGACAAAGUCCAGGCACUUGCGUUCAUUGUGGGCCCCCCACAAAGGAGUUUUUGGAGCCGGGGGGGCGGGGGGAGUAGGCUCUAUAGUGUUUUAAUGGGUGGGGUUGAUGGACUUUGACCCGUAAUUUAGGACAUAGGAAGAGUUUGAAAACUACCAAUUUGAAAAUACAUAGUAUUUGGGACUUUACUGCUUCUAGGGUGUCUGAAAAGAUAUGCCAAACCCAGUGAGAUUUCAAGUUUCAAAAUGUGCUCAUGUUAUAUAUGUUGGUGCUUUAAAUAGAUCCAUUCAUUUCUGAGUACCUGAGUGAAAAGUUUUCUUUGUAGGUGGUGUCACAAGAACUGUCAACUUAAGUGAAAGUUCUUGUGCAUGUGUUAAGUUACUCCUACCCUAUACUAGCAGUCAACAAAGAGCAGUUAUUGAAAUCAGAAGCAUUUCGUUUGGUGAGGAAAAAGCAGAUUUUAAAAAAUAAAAAGGAGCUAGCUGUAUGACUUGGCACCUGGCUGGCUCAGUUGAAGAGAGUACCACUCUUGACUUUGGAAUUGUAAAUUCUAGCCCCACGAUCUGUUACGAUGGCGUCCGAUGACUUUGAUAUAGUGAUUGAGGCCAUGCUGGAGGCUCCUUAUAAAAAGGAGGAGGAUGAACAGCAAAGGAAAGAGGUUAAAAAAGAUGGCCCUGCCAACACCAGCACGAGCACCAUGAGCACCAGUAGUGGUGGCACCAGUGGGAGCAGCGCUGGUGGGGACUCAAGCAAGAAGAAGAGGAGUCGGAGCCAUAGUAAAAGCAGGGACAGGAAGCGCAGUCGUAGUCGAGACCGGGACCGGCAUAGGCGGAGAAGCAGCCGAAGCCGAAGUCGAGACCGGCAGCGUCGCCACCGCAGCCGGAGCUGGGACCGGCGGCACAGCAGUGAGUCACGCAGUCGAGACCGGCGGCGUGAGGACCGCGUGCGCUACCGGAGCCCACCACUUGCCACUGGGCGCAGGUAUGCACACAGUAAGAGCCCGCAUUUCAGAGAGAAGAGCCCCGUCAGGGAGCCAAUUGAUAAUCUGAGUCCUGAGGAGCGUGAUGCCCGCACAGUUUUCUGUAUGCAGCUAGCUGCCCGCAUUCGGCCUCGAGACCUGGAGGACUUUUUCUCUGCUGUUGGCAAGGUUCGUGAUGUCCGAAUCAUCUCAGAUCGGAACUCCCGUCGUUCUAAGGGCAUCGCAUAUGUAGAAUUCUGUGAAAUCCAGUCUGUGCCCCUGGCCAUUGGGCUAACUGGGCAGCGGCUGCUAGGAGUGCCCAUCAUUGUCCAGGCUUCACAGGCUGAGAAAAACCGGCUGGCAGCCAUGGCCAACAACCUGCAGAAGGGCAGUAGUGGACCAAUGCGCCUUUAUGUGGGUUCCCUACACUUCAAUAUCACUGAGGACAUGCUCCGGGGCAUUUUUGAGCCCUUUGGCAAAAUUGAUAAUAUUGUCUUGAUGAAGGACUCAGAUACAGGCCGUUCUAAAGGUUAUGGUUUCAUUACGUUCUCAGACUCCGAGUGUGCCCGGAGGGCCUUGGAACAGCUGAAUGGUUUUGAGCUUGCUGGUCGACCUAUGAGAGUUGGCCAUGUGACUGAGCGACUGGAUGGUGGCACAGAUAUCACUUUUCCGGAUGGGGAACAGGAGCUGGAUCUGGGAUCGGCAGGUGGACGUCUGCAGCUCAUGGCCAAGUUGGCAGAAGGCUCUGGAAUCCAGCUGCCUACUACAGCUGCAGCUGCUGCUGCCGCAGCCCAAGCUGCUGCUGCCUUGCAACUAAAUGGGACAGUUCCCUUGGGGGGCCUGAACCCUGCAGCUCUGACUGCUCUGAGCCCAGCACUGAACCUCGCUUCCCAGGCAAUUGCCUCCCAGUGCUUCCAGCUUUCCAGCCUCUUCACCCCUCAGACCAUGUAAAUCAGUGGCGCAGUACACUGCCUCCCUGUGCCUCUGGGUCCUGCCACUCCCUUCUCCACAUCUACCCUUCCAUGGCCCCUUCUCCAUUUUAUGGACCAAGCCAUCCUGAGGGCGUGGACAUUGACUCUGCAGGAAUUUGGGGCCACCCUUAGACUCCAGAAGAGCUCCUGCCCAGGGCCCAUUGGGACUGGACUCUGCUGAGCAAAGCCACUAGUCGAAGAGGACAGAAUCUGCACCUGCAUUGAGCACCUGUCUCUCCACAUACGUCAUCUCCUGGGAUGACCUUCAUUGCUCUUCCCAACCACCUCUUAGUGAUUCCUUGAUUCCUCCCCCAUUGGGAAGGCCAUAGGGCAUUAAUUGAAGGAACUAACUUCUCUCCUUUUCCUGUACCUCUACCCUACAGUCUGUUGAGGGAAACCCUUAAGACCUCUGGUGUAAGAGGACUUUGGAGUUUGGGGGGUGAGCCAUGAAGGUACUGGCUUGUUGCCGCACAGGCCCUGGAAGAUGGUGUGGACAUGCACAUUGUGAAGCCUGCCUUAGGCCUCAGCUUGGGGCCAGAACUGCUACUGUGGGCUCAGCAUCUUGCUGGGAGGUAUGGGUGUCCUGCCAGGCAUUUUGGGUGUUUUCGCAGCAUUCAGGAGUUUAGUGAAAGGUGGGGUACCUUUCCAGUAUAUGUUCCAUCCUCCUUUGUAUAGUUGUCUUUCCUCCCAUGUCCUUCCUAUGGCCCAGGGUGGGAGGAUGGAGAGGAGGCUGCUACUCUGCUAUUUCCCACGUGCCUCUACCAUGGGCUCAACCCCAGCUGUGAAAGCUGCUCCUGUCCCCUACCUGGGCACAUGUGAGCCCUCUUCACUGGAUUUUAUACCCUUGUGUCUGUGUAUAUAAGAUAUAUAUGUAUAUGUAUGUAUGUGUAUCUAUAUGUACACACAUACAUAUAUAUGUAUAAACUUUGUAUAAAUGGGAAGCUCCACUGUUUUUGGCAGCUGCUGCCCAUAUGUGUGUGGUCUCGGUCAGUUGGUGUGUCUGAUGUUAAUAACUUCUCAUGAGCCAAAACCGUGAAUGGUUCUAGGAAUAUAAAACAUUUAUAAUGCCUUUGUAUUUUGUCCCUUCAAUUUUACUUUAUCUAACCUUCUCUAGAAAUUAAAAUGGACAAAAGGCA